GAUCCGACCCUCGCGUUCGCACAGAGACCCAACCCAUCUUUUUCUCCAACCCAGCUUGCAGUGAAUAUAACGACGACGGUUUCCAUAACUUCACCAUUAUUUGAUAUAAUCAGAGCUGGAGAGCUAAUUAACGAUCCCCGUAUAUUAAUGGCGAAGAAGUCUCCCGACGAAGUUCAUCCGGUGAAGGCGUUUGGGUGGGCAGCGAGCGACCCAUCUGGUCAUCUCUCUCCCUUCAGCUUCUCCCGCAGGGCAACCGGAGAAGAGGAUGUGAGGUUUAAGGUUCUGUAUUGUGGGAUCUGUCACUCUGAUCUUCACUGCAUCAAAAACGAAUGGGGCUUCUCUACCUACCCUUUGCUCCCAGGGCACGAAAUCGCCGGCGAAGUGACGGAGGUCGGGAGCAAGGUGACCAAAGUGAAACCGGGAGACAAAGUCGGAGUGGGAUGCCUUGUCGGAGCUUGCCACUCCUGCGACAACUGCACCGCCGACCUCGAGAACCACUGCCCCCAAGUCAUCCAGACCUACAACUCCAUCGACGUCGACGGGACCAUGACCUACGGCGGUUACUCCGACCACAUGGUGGCCAGAGAGCGCUACAUUGUCCGCUUCCCGGAGAACAUGCCCCUGGACGCCGGGGCUCCGCUACUGUGCGCUGGGAUCACGGUUUACAGCCCAAUGAAGUACUAUGGGCUGAGUGAGCCCGGCAUGCAUAUCGCCGUUGUUGGGCUUGGUGGGCUGGGCCACGUCGCGGUUAAAUUUGCCAAGGCCUUUGGCGCUAGAGUCACCGUUGUUAGUACUUCGCCCAAGAAGGAAGAGGAGGCACUGAAACGGCUUGGCGCCGAUUCGUUUUUGGUUAGCACCAAUAUGGACCAGCUUAAGAAAGAACAAUUUACGUUGGAUGGUAUAAUCGACACGGUGUCUGCAGUGCAUCCAUUAUUGCCAUUGUUGGGUUUAUUGAAAGCCAACGGAAAACUGAUACUAGUGGGUGCACCAGAGAAGCCUCUAGAGCUGCCUGCUUUCUCAGUGAUUAUGGGGAGGAAGACUGUUGCAGGAAGUAACAUUGGGGGAAUGAAGGAGACGCAAGAAAUGAUUGAUUUUGCAGCAAAGCACAAUAUUACAGCAGAUAUUGAGAUUAUCAAGGCAGAUUAUCUGAACACGGCGAUGGAGCGGCUGGCCAAGGGUGAUGUUCGGUAUCGCUUUGUGAUCGACAUUGCUAAUAGCGUAGCUGAUAUAUAUCGAGAAACGACUCAACGUAAAUAGAUAUAUACAUAGAGUUAUAUUUGUUAUUUUUACAUUUCACUUGCGGAUAUAUGCAUUUACCCGCCAACUAAAAUAGUCGUGAGACAGAACAGUUCAUAUAUAGGAUUUUUGACAUAAUGUAUACUUCUGAGUUCAUCAAAUAAAAUCGUUUCUGCAGAAAUAUGGGGUGAUAAAUGAAAAGUAACCAUACUUGAGGGGCUGAUCAGACAAAAAAAGAAAUCAAAGUCACUCCUUAUUUCAGCUCCUCACAAACAAUGAUAGCGCCACAACCCACAAAAGCAGAGGCAUAUUCUUCAAAUCCUCAAACAAACAAAACCAACCAUCCACU